AUGGCCGUCAAUUGGAAGAUCUGCUUCUUCACUCUCAUAUUACUUCCCAUGGUUACAGCAACCCAUUCCAACUGCAUCAUUAAAAAGGAGCAAGAGACUUGUCUGGAGAAGAUACGGAGGGCAGCUGCCCUGAACCCUCUCAAUGACUCUUCUCCAGGUUGCCCAGGAAUGUGGGACAAUAUUACAUGCUGGAAACCUGCAAGUGUGGGUGAAAUUGUCUUUGUCAAGUGUCCUGCACUGUUCAGGUUUAUCAUCUCUGAAGACGGUUGGGAAGUAGAUAACUUGGGGCAAACCCAUGCAGGUGAUUAUGACCUGCUGGAAAGCACAGCCCAGUCUCCCCUAGGGGACAUCAGCAGAAAUUGCACUGAAGAUGGCUGGUCUGAACCUUUUCCUCAUUAUUAUGAUGCCUGCGGCUUCGAUGAAAACGAAACAGAGUCCGAUAACCAGGAUUACUACUAUCUAUCUGUGAAGGCUCUGUACACGGUGGGAUACAGCACUUCUCUUGUUUCUCUCACCACUGCCAUGGUUAUCCUGUGUCGUUUCAGGAAGCUUCACUGCACUCGAAAUUUUAUCCACAUGAACCUCUUUGUUUCAUUCAUCCUACGUGCAAUAUCUGUAUUCAUUAAAGAUGGGGUUCUUUAUGCUGAACAGGAUGGCAACCACUGUUUUAUCUCAACGGUGGAAUGCAAAGCAGUGAUGGUGUUUUUUCACUACUGUGUCAUGUCCAACUACUUCUGGCUUUUCAUUGAGGGAUUGUACCUUUUCACUUUAUUGGUAGAAACCUUUUUCCCAGAGAGGAGAUAUUUCUACUGGUACACUAUUAUUGGCUGGGGUACCCCAACAAUUUGUGUCACUGUCUGGGCAGUGCUGAGACUUCACUUUGAUGAUACUGGCUGCUGGGACAUGAAUGACAACACCGCCUUGUGGUGGGUGAUCAAGGGUCCUGUGGUUGGAUCAAUCAUGAUAAACUUUGUGCUUUUUAUUGGCAUAAUUGUGAUACUUGUGCAGAAACUCCAGUCACCUGAUAUCGGGGGCAAUGAGUCCAGCAUUUACUUGAGACUGGCUCGCUCUACACUACUGCUUAUCCCCUUGUUUGGAAUUCACUACACGGUGUUUGCUUUUUCUCCUGAAAAUGUCAGUAAGCGGGAGAGACUAGUGUUUGAAUUGGGACUGGGAUCUUUCCAGGGUUUUGUUGUUGCUGUUCUCUAUUGUUUCUUGAAUGGGGAGGUGCAAUCAGAAAUAAAGAGAAAAUGGAGGAGCUGGAAAGUCAACCGGUAUUUUGCUGUGGAUUUCAAACAUCGUCAUCCUUCUCUAGCGAGCAGCGGAGUGAACGGGGGGACACAACUCUCCAUUCUGAGCAAGAGCAGCUCUCAGAUUCGGAUGUCCAGCAUAAAUGCGGAGAACCUAGCGACAUGA